CCUUGUUCGUUAUGCACAUAUAAUAUUUAUUUAUUUAUUUUCGUGUGUGUAGGUGUAUGUCAUCUUACACCUAUUGCCAUGGCAAUUUCUUGUGCUCAAUUUGAUGUUUUCACACUUUCGAUCAAUCCAUUCAAUGUUAUUUUGCUAUCGAUUACUUCAUACAUAAAUAUGUACCUGUGUACUUAUGUAUAUUUGUAUAAGUCGUAUUAAAUUCGAUUUCGGUGGAUCGCUACUUAUUGAUCUUGUUCAUACAUAAAGACACAAUAUAUGUUCGUAUUUGCUUUUUCCGUAGAUUUUAUCAACAUGCUAUUGAUUACCACAUAGCUACCGUGUAUAUAAACAAAUAAUAAAAUAUUGAGUAAUGUAAGGCAAUUACCAGUGCGUGUGCGCAAAUCACUUAAGUACACAACCUGGGACUUUCACUAUCAAUGAUCCGCGCUUUAAUCGCACGCGUUGCACCCUUAGAAGCGCGUUCUGCGCAGCUUCAUUCCAACAGUGGCCGCUGCUUACCGAACAACUUACAUCAAAGACACAUCCUCACAAAGACCGCGCGUCUUUCCUGUGCAACAUGUCAAUCGCUUUCGCUUCGUUACUUUGUGUGUUCCUUGUCAUCAUGCCAGCUCCAUUGUGGGCUGCGUCACGUCAUCCACUGCAUUCUCUGCGUUCGCGUCACUGGCGCCCAUCGAAGACGCCCUGCUCCGACUAUGAGAUGCUGAUUAUCAACACGCAUUAUUGCGUUUCGCGCUGUCCCAUCCGUUGCACGAAAGGCAGAUGCUUUGAGGAUGGCGAUUGCCCUUGCGCCGACCAAUAUCAAACCUCGUUUGAGAAGGAGGAGCUGGUGUGCGCCGCUGAAUGUCUACCCGGCUGUCAUAGCGCUGGAGGCUUCUGUGCAGCGCCCGAUCUGUGUCUCUGUAGUCAUGAGGGGUAUUACUUCGAUGCGGUGGCGCGCCGUUGUCGCAGAUAUCAUCGCUUCAGCGAUCGUUGCCUCGGGCGUUGCUUGUAUGGAAAAUGUAAUGCGGAUGGGGAAUGCAUCUGCGCACAAGGAUACAUCUCCCAAGACAAUGUGUUCGGCCAACUGUGCGCUCCCGUGUGUAAACAAGAUUGUGGUCAAUAUGGCUUUUGUUUUCUACCGAAUAUGUGCGCUUGUCGGAAGAAAGACUAUCAUUACGAGUAUGAUGGCAAAUGUCAUGCGGACUACAUACAUCUGGAGCAGUAAUGCCACUUUCAAUUAAAGCAUAUGGGACUUCUGAUAAGUGUCUCUAUCUAAUGCAACAAAUUGGCUGAAAAUAAAUAAAUGCUUAUCAUCGUCACGAUGACGUCUGUGGAGCGCCCAAUUCACGGGCGUGUAUCUAUGAUUGUGUGCGUUAAUAUGUAUGUGUGCGUUAUUCGGUAUGCAUAUAUCUUGCACACACAAGAAGAGGGGCCAACACACGACUCCACCCAAAUAAAUUUUAUUUACUCGCGCUAAGAAAAUCGCACAAUCACUCAAAUAUGCACACACACACAUACAUAUGUAUGUAGUUAGAUAAACAUUUAUGUAAAUAUUUACUGGUUAGCGCUAAGAAAAAAUUGCCCAAAACAUUUGACAAGUGUGUGCAAAUAAAUGAAAAGAAAUUGCGUAUUUAAUAAAUGCGAAAGAAUUCUUCCAUUGGGGGUCUUGAAAUAAAAAAAUAACAAAAAAAAUAUUUGACUGCGCUUCGAGUUUUUUGUUUUUCAAAUAGGUCAGCUGUCCUACCUGUGCUCAUUGGUACUUAAGUAAGUUUUUAUCAACAUUUUUGCACUUGCUCUGCAAAGCGCAAGAGAAUCAAUAAUUAUGGCUUGGUAAACAAAAAAUUUUGCGAUUAAUUAUUGACAUUUUGCACAACAAAAUUGGGAGCGCGCACGUCAAGAUAAAGAGGACACGCGCGGUCUUCGAAAUAUCUUUAUCUACAAUUCGAUGUUGGUUAAGUGCCCACAUAAGAGAACACACACACAAAGCAUCAAAAUAUAUUUGAACUGCUGUGUAGCAUACAGAAGUACAUAAGAAUGAAGCAGAAUAUAUAAAAUUGAGAUUUCACACAUGUUGUGCGUGCUCUGGAAGAGAACCGGCACAACAUAAAUAUGCUAUAUGUACAUACAUAUGUACAUAAGUGGUAAUUUUUUAAACUCAUUUAUUAAGGCUUAUAUUAGAGUACAAAACGCCAUUUAAAAUGCUCCAGAAGAUCUUUCAAUAUGGACUACGUGACAAAUGCUCACCGCUCGAGUUUGCUUCUUAAGCAUGCCUACAACAACAAAGUACAGGUAUUUACCAACAACUUUAUGACAAUAGCAUUAGCAUACUCGCACUCGCUGUACUUGCUAUUGGGCCCAUGUUUUUUAAACCUACCUAAAAGAGAGUGUUAAUAAACUCACACGCGCCGGUUUUUUAUUUCGAUAAACAUUGCUAUAAACCGGCGGUAAUAGUCGCCUGCUGAACAGCCU